GUUCUUUUUCUAAAUAUCCUGCUGGUGUUCCAUCAAUUCGUUUUAAACACAAGUAUUAUUUUUUUUUUUCUUUAGCAUCCAUGGAAAACCAUUCGGAAGAAACAACAACUGUACUUCAAAAACGAGUGGGAGAAGGAAAAUGUUAUAAGAUUUUACGAGUCUUAUCACGCAUUGCAGUAUGGUCCUAUUUUCGUCAUCUCAAGGUCAUUUGUAGAACACCAAUCCCUACUCGUGGUCCUGUCCUUGUAGCUGCAAAUCAUACCAAUAUGGUACUCGAUCCUGCCAUGUUGAUUGCCACAUUCCCUCAUGCUCGCUCUUGUCACUUUUGGGCCCUGGCUAGAUUCUUUAAGAUACCAGUCGUUGGACAACUUUUACUUGCAGGCGGAGUGCUUCCAGUUGACACGAAAACUCACAGCAAUGCCAAACUAUUCGAACAUACAUUGGACUGUCUUGGGAAAGGAGGAGUUAUUGCCGUCUUCCCUGAAGGCACUUCAUAUACAGCACCUAACCAUUUACCGUUUAAGGACGGCUUAUCAUGGGCUACUUUUGAAUACUUGACUCAACAAAAAGCAAAUGGUUUCCAAGGUACACCGCUUCCAAUUAUACCAGUUGGUAUCACUUAUACGACCAAGAAUAAAUGGAGAAGUGAUGUUGUGAUAGAAUAUGGUGAACCUGUUGUUGUUGGACCAAAUGAUCUGGAUGACUUUCAAAGAGAUCCAAAAUCGGCAGUGAAACGACUUACUGAACGUAUAGCUGAAGGAGUGGAAAACGGAACUGUGAAUGCACCUGAUUGGGAUACAGCACAUGCAGCAUCUGAAGCAAGAUUCAUUUUAUUUGGAGACACUCGUGGAAUUCGAUUAGAGGAUUACGUCAAAGUUUCUCAAAGUUUUAUUGAUUUAUUUAGGCCGGAUAUAUUGGAAGACAAUAAUGAAGAUAACAAAAUACCACUUAUCAAAGAACGAAAAGAACUCAAAUCCCAACUGAUAUUAUGUUCCAAGAAUCUGAAACGAAUGAAAUUAUCAGCAUUGGAUAUCCGAAGAUAUGAAAAAAAUGAAAUCACGCAAACACAUGCAUUCUUUCGAUUGGUAUCAUCUGUUUUGGCCUUACUUUUACAACUUCCUUUAUUUUUACCUGGAAUGAUUAUCAAUUCACCACUGUAUCUAUUAGGACGAUAUAUCAAUCACUAUGAAGUAUAUACAGAAUCAGUAGCUCAAGAUAAAGUGGUCUCAGCAUUGACUCUCUCUAUACCUAUUUACAGCAUUCUAUUCUAUUUUUGGUGGAGAUUGAUGGAUUACUCUCUAGUUGGAUGGAUGAUUGGCUUAUUAGUGGUUCCUUUGUUUGCAUGGCAUCAUAUCAAAUUGGUAGAUAAACGUUACGAUAUGGCAAAGGAAGUAGUGGCAUCUUGGCGGAUCUUUAUGGCAGUGACUGGAUUGGAUGACGAACGACGUGAAUUGGAACAAACAGUCAAAUUACGAAGAUGGUGUCUUGCUAGGGUCAAAUUUUUACUGUUACAACUAGAUCGAUUGGGUGAUCCUCGUGCGCACUUUUUGGUAGAAUAUGGACAACCUUUAUUUCAAGAAAAUAGUGAUGAUAGUAGUGAAUAGAUAAAUAUAUUGAUAUUGUUUAUUAUUAUUUUUGUAUCCUUCUAUCUUUUGACUCAAUAAUAAAGACAAGUAUAUAUUAUUAUAA